AUGAAGACGCGGUCACACAUGGAUGUUUUGCUGGUUAUUUCAGUUUUUCUAAACGUCUUUUUGUGCUCGGCGUUUUAUCUUCCGGGUUUAGCUCCUGUGAGUUUCUGUGAAGAAGGCAAAGGGGGCGACGAUUGUAAGUCAACAGUAGAGCUGUUUGUCAACCGUUUGGACUCAGUAGAGUCAGUACUUCCAUAUGAGUAUCAAAUGUUUGAUUUUUGCAAAGAUGACAAAGAGAUGAGGCCAUCGGAGAACCUUGGUCAGGUUCUUUUUGGCGAACGCAUUGAGUCUUCACCUUACAAGUUCACCUUUAAACAAGAUGUCAAGUGCAAGACGGUCUGCACCAAAAAUUACAAGACUGGUGAUCAGGAUGAUACCACCAAACUUGAAUUUCUUAAAAUUGGAAUGCAGUUGAACUACCAGCACCACUGGAUCAUUGACAACAUGCCUGUGACCUGGUGCUAUGAUGUGGAAGAUGGUCAGAAGUAUUGCAACCCAGGUUUUCCCGUUGGCUGCCUAGUAUCAGCAGACGGCCGACCCAAAGACGCCUGUGUCAUUAAUGCUGAGUUCAACGUAAAGAAUACUUUCUACGUCUUCAACCAUGUUGACAUAAGGAUCACCUACCACAGUGGUCAGUCUGAAGGAUGGAAAGGGGCUCGGCUUGUUGCUGCCACUCUGGAACCAAAAAGCAUCAAACAUACCGAUCCCACCAAACCCACCUGUGAAGAAACUGAGCCUAUGAAGGUCCCAGUGGAUUUCAGAGAUGCGGUUUCCAUCACCUAUUCCUACUCUAUCACAUUUGAGGAGAACAAUUCUAUCAAGUGGGCCUCUAGGUGGGACUACAUCCUUGUGUCAAUGCCUCACACCAAUAUCCAGUGGUUCAGUAUCAUGAACUCUCUGGUCAUUGUCCUCUUCCUGUCUGGCAUGGUUGCUAUGAUUAUGCUAAGAACCCUUCACAAGGAUAUAGCCAGGUACAACCAGGUGGACCAGGCAGACUUGAUAAAGCUUCCAACCUCCAAGGAAAAAUCCUCCCUUCCCUAUGAGGAUGCACAAGAAGAGUCAGGGUGGAAGCAGGUGCAUGGUGAUGUUUUCCGUCCUCCAAGGAAGGGCAUGCUAUUGUCCGUGUUUCUUGGACAGGGCACCCAGAUCUUCAUCAUGACUUUUACUACACUCUUUUUGGCCUGUCUGGGUUUCCUGUCUCCAGCCAACAGAGGAGCUCUCAUGACCUGUGCGGUAGUUCUGUGGGUGCUGCUGGGAACUCCUGCAGGCUAUGUGUCUGCGCGCCUUUACAAGACUUUCGGAGGUGAAAAGUGGAAGACCAACGUUCUGCUCACGGCACUGCUGUGUCCAGGCAUUGUGUUUGCAGACUUCUUCCUGAUGAACCUGAUCCUUUGGGUGGAGGGUUCUUCAGCAGCGAUGCCCUUUGGCACUUUGGUGGCUAUUUUGGCCCUGUGGUUUGGAAUCUCUGUGCCGCUCACCUUCAUCGGUGCCUACUUUGGAUUCAAGAAACCUGCUAUUGAGCAACCUGUGCGAACAAACCAGAUUCCACGUCAGAUUCCAGAACAGUCCUUCUUCACAAAACCCAUCCCCGGGAUUGUAAUGGGCGGUAUUCUGCCCUUUGGCUGCAUCUUCAUUCAAUUGUUCUUUAUCCUCAACAGCAUUUGGUCUCAUCAAAUGUACUACAUGUUUGGCUUCCUGUUCCUGGUCUUCAUCAUUCUUCUCAUCACCUGCUCUGAGGCCACAGUUCUUCUCUGCUACUUCCACCUGUGUGCUGAGGAUUACCACUGGUGGUGGCGCUCCUUCCUCACCAGCGGCUUCACUGCAGUUUAUCUCUUCAUCUACGCUGUGCAUUACUUUUACUCUAAACUGCAAAUAAUUGGACUAGCCAGCACCAUCCUUUACUUUGGAUACACCAUGAUUAUGGUCCUCAUUUUCUUCCUCUUCACAGGUACAAUUGGCUUCUUUGCCUGCUUCUGGUUUGUAAAUAAGAUCUACAGUGUGGUCAAGGUGGAUUAGUGGACUGUGGCAAAGACUGACUCCUUGCUGUUGCAGCACUGCUGCUUAUGUGAUGAAGUGGUCUGAAUGGACCUGAAUCCAAACCUUCACUUAUGGAAGACACCGGAAGAGCAGAACCCGUCCUCUUUUUGUGCUCUAAACCUUGUUGCUACCUUUUCCCCUUUCUUUCUUGAAGAAGUUCUUUAUGAUUUUUGUCUUCACUGUUGACCAGUAAUGUUCCGGGUGGCGCCUUGAAAAUUAGUUUGGGAUCCAAUGAUCUGGUUUCAUAGUGUUCAGUUUUUUGUUGGGUUGGAAAAGAACAGAAAUUUCUUAAGAAGGUGAAUUGUAGCUUUGUAUGUUAGAUUUCUUUUUAUAUUGCGUCUGAAUGUCCAGAUUUCAUUCAUUACUUAUAUUGUAAAGAGGGAAAUGUUUGUUUACGUGUAUUGUACAGGGCAAGUGAAUGGGAAUAAUGGUACUUAUAUAUUUGUUAUCACCAUUAUGAAAUUUUCUUUUCUUUAUUGUUAUGUGGGGGAGGGGGGUAUAAAUAAUGAAAAUAAUAAGCUUGUAUUGUAGUUCAAAAUUAUAUUUAAAUCUUGACUUGCUGGCAUUCACAUUCCCACUGGUAUUUGGCUUCAACACCUUAGGAUCAAAAGCUACUCUAAAAUUGAAGCACAUCUGUAUCAUUAAAGUCUAUGCUACAGUUAUGUGCCUCGCCCCCCCUCAAAAAACAAAACAAAAACUUCACUGACAUGCAUUACCCUUGCGUCUCUGGCGUGACUCACCUUGGUUAAUUAUGGGACAUCCAUUUGCUUAUGAAGCACACCUGAUCUGCUAAGAUACACCCAGUUUGUUUUAAAUAAGCAGUUUGCUGAACUGUUACUACAUAAACACUGCUGCCUUUAUGCUUCUAGCAGUGUGGAAUCAUCACCCGAGGUGAUAACAUUUUUACAAAAUAAAUGCAGUUAAGUUAAAA